GACGGUACGAGCACGCACGCAGGCGGAGAAAGUGUUCACACAGGAAGUGGCGUCUCUGGGCCUCGCGCUUCCUUAUUUUGACUGCUGGCUGUUCACUGAUGCAAAGGAGCGCUUAUUGUGGAAUUUGUGAGAAUUUGGAGCUACAAUGACCUUGACACUCCCUCCCAACUCAUCUCGGCUUCCGGAUGAGUACCGCACGGCUGGCCUGGUCUUCUAUUGCUUCAUCUUCGUCAGCGGCCUCAUGGUCAACCUCAGCGCUUUAUGGGUUUUCGCCCUGACCACCAAGAAGAAGAGCACCAUCACCGUCUACAUGACCAACGUGGCGCUGGUGGACCUCACCUUCAUCCUGCUUCUCCCCUUCCGGAUGGUCUACCUCCACUGGGACUUCUGGCCCCUGGGCGAUAUUUUCUGCCGCAUCAGCGCCGCCAUCACGGUCUUCUACCCGUGCAUCGCCAUGUGGCUCUUCACUCUCAUCAGCGCCGACCGAUACAUGGCCAUUGUGCAGCCCAAGCACGGCAAGGAGCUGAGGAACGUGCCCAAGACGGUGGCAGCGUGUGCCGGGGCGUGGCUAAUGACCCUGGGCGGGACCGCCCCCUUGCUUUUCUCGGGUGGGGUCGACCGCGACAGCAACUUCACCACCUGCUUCAAAAUGCAGGACGUCAUCUACCUGCGACGCCAAGACUCCGUCAACUUCGCCCGCGUGGCCUUCUUCUUCCUGCUGCCCAUCUGCGUCAUGAUUGGUUGCUACGUGGUGGUCGUGGACAACCUGAUCCACGGGCGCACCUCCAAGCUGAAACCCAAAGUGAAGAGGAAGUCCAUCAAGAUCAUCAUCACGCUCAUCCUGCAGGUUUUGGUUUGUUUUGUGCCGUUCCACGUGUGCUUGUUGCUGCACUUGCUGGGCAUGGACAAAGGCGAGGCCUUCUGGACGUGGGCCGUGUUCUCCACGUUCCUCAUGAACCUGAGCACGGUUCUGGACGUCAUUCUGUAUUACAUCGUCUCCAAGCAGUUCCAGGACAGGGUGAUCAGCGUGAUGCUGUACAGCAGGGGUCACCAACGCGGUGCCCGCGGGCACCAGGUAGCCCGUAAGGACCAGAUGAGUAGCCCGCUGGCCUGUUCUAAAAAUAGCUCAAAUAGCAGCACUUACCAGUGAGCUGCCUCUAUUUUUUAAAUUUUAUUUAUUUACUAGCAAGCUGGUCUCGCUUUGCCCGACAUUUUUAAUUCUAAGAGAGACAAAACUCAAAUAGAAUUUGAA